AUGAGAGUUCUCUUCUGUAUAGCAUUGCUUUUAGUUGUAAGUGGGGCAGUGGUAGUCACAUGCCCAUCAAAUGGAUAUGGUUGCGUUACAUAUGGAGCCAAUAUAGCUAAAUAGACAACAAGGACAAAUUCAUUGUGCAGAAAUGGGUAUUAUUGGAACAACCAAGCAUGCAUGCCAUGCAAAAACGCUGACGCAGUAUUGGGUGGUUAUUACACCUGUAGUGCUUAUUAUGAGGCAACCUCUUUGACAUGUACUUCUGGUUAUACAUUAAUAAAUGGUGUUUGUAUUCCUAUACCCUAACGGUUGUACUACUUAUGGUUUAAACUAAAACUAAGAUGCUUAUGUGUGCACAGCCUGCAACUCCGAUUACACACUUAAAGGAGAUAUUGUUCAUCAUGGGAUGAAAAUGCAGUUUGCACAACAUGCUAGACUGGAUACUUUUUAAAUUGGGACUUGAAAUUCACUCUAACAACCUCAGGCUCUAACAAUUAAACUGAUUGGAUCACAACCUGGUAAACAUACUAUAGAUUCCCCGGAGAAUCAUUUUGCAGUGUCUGUUCUUAGACAAUGGCCAAUUGCAAGUCAUGUAAUUCAGCUUAUACUUGUUCAUAAUGUAAUGAUGGUUAUUAUUGGUAAUAAUCAACAAGCAGUACCUAAUUGACAUCCUCCAAUGCAUAGUUUGCAGGUGCCUGUGUCAGUUGUCUCACAAGUGGAUAUUGUGCUACUUAACUGGUUAUUUCCCAACUAAAGAUACAACCAACACUAUCAUUUUAUCUUGUAAUGCAUGCCCAACUGGAUGUACAUCAUGUACUUCAUCAACAUAAUGCAUUGAUUGCGUUACCUCAUACUACAAAUAUAACAGAUAACUUAUGUUAUCCUCUCAAUAAGUGUGCUUCAAUCAACACCUAAUUAACAACAUCUGGAGCAAAUCCAAAGUGUUCUUCUUGUAUUGCUGGAUAUGCCUUAGACCCAAGUGGUUCAGGUAUUUGCUAUUAAUGUGGAAAUUGUGAUAGUUGCACAGUUCCAUCUGGAUAAUAAACAGCUGGUUUAUAAACAUCAUGUACUACUUGCUGGGACACAUAUUAUGGUGUAAAGGAUUCAAAUGGUAUAGUUACUUGUAAACCAUGCACACAAGCAUCAGAUUCAUUCUUGAGAUGUCAAGGACCUGUUGAAAAUUCAUCACUUACUAGUGUUGUACCAACUCAAUGCUAAGAUGGAUAUUAUUUGUAUACUCUACCUGCCGUAGGUACUACAGCAGCUUAAACUAUUUGUGUUCCAUCUACUCAAAACUUACAAUGUGUAACCAUCGUAGCAACUAGUGCCACUCAAUACACAUGUGCAACAUGUACCUCAUAAAGUAAAUUAUAUAACAACGCAAAUUGUUUGGUUUGUAAUCCAACCCUGACUUCCUCAUUACCUCAAGGAUGUACAGCAUGUUCUGGAUCUCCAAGCAAUUCAAUAACUUGCAGUGCUUGUGCAGUUAACUAUUUUUACUCGACUGGUACUACCACAACAUGUACUGCUUGUGAUUAAAAUUGUAUUUAAUGUGGAUCAGGUCCAACUUGUACCAAGUGUGCAAUAACCUACUAUGUAUCUGGUGCUGGAUGCACACAAUGUGGAGUUGCUAAUUGUGCCACUUGUACUGCUCAAAGUCCUAACACAUGUUAAGUGUGUUUAGAUGGAUAUUUCUUAUCCAGCAUCAACACAGGCACAGGAUCCACUUCUUAUUGUUUGAAGUGUCCUGCUGAAUGUGCAACUUGUUCUGCUCCAGGUUAAGUUUGUAAUUCUUGUAUCUCUGGAUACGUACUCUCAAAUGGAGGCUGUAUUUCUUUAAGUUAGGCAAAUUGUGCUGAAGGAUAUAUUACUUCAACAUUGAACAAUGAAUAGUACCCAUCCACCCAAAAACGGAUGUGCUAUAUGUAAAUAUGGAUUCUACAACUUUGAAAAAAGAUGUCUUCAAUCUGUCCAACCAUAUGCAGGAUCUGUUUAUACCACAACGAAUAUCGGAAUUGGCUCAAACCCAGGUACAUCUUCUUACCAGACCAUCAUGUAUUCAAUAUUCUUGGUCAUCAUGUUGCUUGGAUAUUGAUUUAUUAAUAUAAUUAUGGAAGAUCAAUUAGAACUAACUUCUUAA